GGCACAAAUGCAGUGCCCCCAAUAUCAGCUAUUGUAGCCGACCUUCUGGUUCAAAUGAGAGCAGAGGGAUUAGUGCUAAGACAGCCAGCUCAGCUGCCUGUACCAUCAGGAGCGUUCACACAGCCCACAGCUGCUGCAGGGUCUGCUGAACAGACAGACGCGGACAUGUUCCAGCGGGGCAACCAGGAGGAACAACCGAUGUUCCUGGCACAGGCCAAUAAUGCAUCACUGCUGCAGAGCUCGGCCCCCACAGUAUCGGCCCAAUAUGAGGUGACACCUCAGCUACCAGUGGCAGGACAAGGGCCAUCACAUCUGUCAGCUGCAGCAAGGCCUGAUAGUGCUAGCGCCUCCUUUCUGGUGGAGCAGGCCAUGAAUAAUAUAACAGGUCCCACAGUUUCGUAUGGCGGCUCUGCAUAUGGACAAGCUCCCAACACAACUGGCGGACAAUCUGUUACAUAUUUAAAUGCCAAAGUUCUAGAGCUUGUCAAUUCUGCGUUGACGCCUAGCUCACAGCAGAUGUACCAUAGAGCAUUUGUAUCAUUGUCACGGUUUGCCCAAUCAGUUCUGCACACAGAGUGCUGUCUGCCCAUAGACGUGAAUACCUUAGUCAUGUUUAUUGCGUAUUUGUCUAAACUACGGUUUUUGUCCCCCUCCUGCGAUAGUCAUAGAAUCACUAUUGGAUAUUGCACAAUGACUACAUGUAUUUUAGGUCAGUGUGUAGUGACAUGUAGUGUAUACAUGUUUGUUCUUUAUGUCGUUUUGUGAAUAAACGGCCUAUUUCAUAUC